AUGAAAUAUUGGGGCGUAAGUGUGUGUACAGUCGAUGGACAGCAGUAUUCAAUCGGAGACACAGGCAUUCCCUUUACGAUUCAGUCGACCGGAAAGCCUGUCAAUUAUGCGAUCGCUCUCAACGAACUCACGUGUAAUGUUGUGCACAAAUACGUGGGUCAGGAGCCCAGCGGCCGUAUGUUCAACGAACUGGUACUCGACCACAAUCGCAAACCCCAUAAUCCUAUGGUCAACGCCGGCGCUAUUGUCAUCUGCUCUCUACUCAUGCAUCUAAUCAAACCAGAGAUGAGACACUCGGAGAAGUUUGAUUGGGUUAGCAAUUACUACAAAAGUCUUUGCGGCGGUGAAUACAUGGGCUUCAAUAACGCAACCUUUUUGUCUGAAAGAGAAGCCGCCGACAGAAACUUUUCCAUCGCUUACUUUAUGAAAGAAAACAAAUGCUUUCCCGAAAAGGCUGUCCUCAAAGACAUUAUGGACUUUUAUUUUCAAACAUUAAGCACUAAUUGA